CUUUUGUGUUGGGCAGAUGACUGUAACGACGGUUCACCAGGGAAGAAGAAGCAUAGACGAAACCGAACUACUUUCACGACCUUUCAACUCCACGAACUUGAACGUGCGUUCGAAAAAUCGCAUUACCCAGAUGUGUACACAAGGGAGGAAUUGGCACUAAAAAUUGACCUUCCCGAAGUUCGAGUACAGGUACAAACGAUCUUAAUUUGUGUACUUUUUCUAUUAUCUAGCUUUGUAAAUAAAUUUCAUCAGGAGAACAUAAUAUCACUAGCGCUUUGUUAGCUUUCUAGUUGUUAAAAUGAUGAUGACGCUGGUUUAUCAUUGUUACCACCGGUUCCGUACCGACUAGGGCCUUGACUGAUACGCGAAGCGAAUCAUUUUAAUUUUAUCUAUUUACCUAUUUUAUUUUCUUAGGCAAGUGGGGGGAGGGACAAGUUUAGCUACCGUUACAAGCGUGUGUGUAGUUAAACGUCAUGGUUUGAUAAGGUUAUCUCGAAAAGACCUAAUCAUUAUUAAAAGAACAUUAACGGAAAAAACAGCCUCAUAAUGGACAGGAAACUGAUUAUAAUAAAAAUAACCUUUGAUUCAGAGUUAGAGUUAAAGAACACUUUGGCGAUAAAGUUUACUUUUAGAUCCUUAAUGUCAUAAUCAUUAGAAACAGGCGAGGCUGAGCCGAAAAAAGAAACCGUUCGUUGCAUUUUUAAUCAUUAAAUCGCAAACAUAGUAAGCAGACAAUCUAACUUCGCUCUCUGUAGGUUCUGUUUUGUUUUCUCGUUUUGCCGUACCUCUCUUGUAAAAACCCAUUAGUGUGUCAAACGUAUUGCGGGUGCUUAGUUCUCCAUAAUAACUCUCUAUAGUUAUUGUGACAAUAGUAGAUCCAAUAGAACAACGGGCAGCGUGUGAAAUCCAUAUUCUAUGCCCGUCUCAAGAAAAAGUGUUUGCAGAAGGUGUCCAAGACAGAAUUAAGUCUAAUUAAAGUGCCAUUCGGAUCCCACCAUUUCGACGAGCCAUGUUUAUAACGUUUUUUCGAGUUUUUUUCCUCCUGAAAAUCACUGUAAAUGGCUCGGGUACCAAGAGCUUUCUCGAGAAUCGUUAAAAAACGAUGGGGAAAAGUAGCGGUACUUAGUGGCGCAUUAAUCAUUUCACGAAAAAUCGAAGACUGGAAAUCCGUUAUUUAAUGUAUAUUUUUCCCGUUUCAUUGUAAAAGUGUGAUUUGCCUUAAUUAGGACGCAUUAUUAUCAGUUACGAAGGUCCAGUAAAAUUCAUUUUCACGCCGUGAGUGAAAUACGUGUGUCGCCAAAGCGCCUGUGAGCCCAGCAAAACAUGAAGUUCAUUUUAAUCGAAGUUACUUUGUAAGGUUAAUUUCUUUUCUUUAUCCUGGUUGUUUCUUUGUUGCAUUUGUUUUAUUUCCUGUAAAUUUUCAAUUUAAACCUUAUCUUACUCAUAAUUGGAAGAAGUUUGCAGGCAACUCGGAAGUCAAGGAACAAAGUGAUUCAUUUUCUCUUCAAAGCUCUCUUUAUCUCCAGUAUAAUUUAGGAAAUCUUCAUGUAAAGUGCAAAAAAUAUUUAAAACUGAUAAAAGAAGACACUUAAAGACAGCUCUUUUCCGACGCUUUUAAAGAUUCAAGUAAUUGUCGCCUCACAGCGUUCGUAUUGAUUAUACUCCAUAUUACGAUUUUUUUGAUAACAAAACCGGUUAAGUUCUUAAUUUAUAUGCCUACGUAGAAUACAAGUGAUCACUUUUAUCUGUUGAACAACCGACAAGAGUCUAGUGUUCAUUGUUUUGUUGUCUUUUUUAUCUGUUAUACACAUUCGCGAACGGUAAACUAAUGGUUAGAAAGCUAUGUGUACUUGUGUUAAAUCUAUAUCUUAGAACAUGCGCUUCCUUUAUAGUUUUGUAAGCUAUGUUUAUAGAUGAUAACGUCCCCUUUACUCCAGGAUUAAUGCUUCACUUUAAAACUUUCAAGAUUCCAUUGUAUUAUUGGAUGAGAUUUUGUUUAAUCUCUCAGUUUUCCUCUUCGCUUUUACUGAGUUACUGUGAAGAUAUUGGAAUAGUGCUUGAAACGUACUUCUUUCCAUUUGUUUUUUGUCUGUGACUGUAAUUUUUUUCCUUCAAUUUAUGUGAUGCCCACAUUAUUUCUCAGGUCUGGUUUCAAAACCGAAGAGCUAAGUGGCGACGACAAGAGAAAAUGGAGAUGGCCUCCCUUGAAAACCUUCCAUCACCGACUCUACCUCGUGCUAAUUUCAGUAGUUUACCAUUUCCGGACCCAUGGAAAAGUUCCUUAACGUAUUCCCCAGCCUUUGGCGGAACGUUAUACCCUCCAACUACUUGUAACUUGCCGUCAUCCCCGACAAUGGGAUGUUAUCCUGGGUCGUAUUCCCCUGCUGGUUAUGUACCAUUCUCGUCGUAUUUAUCGGGUGUUGGGUGCAUGGCUGGAAUGUCCCAGGGACCAAGAGACGAGAGAACAACGAGUAUUGCGGCUUUGAGAAUGAAAGCCAAAGAACAUAUGGAAAACUCUAGCAUCAAAGAGUGGUGUGAGUUGUCCGCAGCUACACAAUGA